GCUGAUCCAGGGAAGGCUGAAGUGGCUUCUGGACACAGCUUGGACUUUGGAACCUUUAGGAAAUGCAUUUACCACGGAGACGGCGGCUACAAUGGAACCGAAUCUUUUUCUUGCUUGCCAUGGUGUUGGUCCUCUCUCUCUAUCAGCUCCAGCUCAGCCCCUCUGCCCUUCCAGCACCACACACAGCCCCCCAACCCACGGACCAUGUCAAAGUGACCUCCAGGGACCUCUCCAGCAACAAGACUGCCAAAACGGGCAAUAUCACAGCAGCAACCAAAAUCAAGCACUGUAUAUACGUGGAUCCUGAGCCAACUGUGCCCAUCACUACAUCAGUGGAUACAACACCACAGAGAGAAAAUGACAGUGAAACCUACCCAGAUAGAAAGCCACCACAUGAGUCCAAAGGAGAAUAUCCCAGAGACCUAUUCAGUGUGGAAGAACGCAGGCAAGGGUGGGUUGUACUUCACGUCUUUGGCAUGAUGUAUGUAUUUGUGGCCUUGGCCAUAGUGUGUGAUGAGUAUUUUGUCCCUGCUUUGGGAGUGAUCACAGAGAAGCUGGAGAUCUCUGAAGAUGUGGCUGGAGCCACCUUCAUGGCAGCAGGUGGAUCAGCACCAGAACUCUUCACCUCCCUCAUAGGUGUCUUCAUCUCACACAGCAAUGUGGGCAUCGGUACCAUUGUGGGCUCUGCAGUGUUUAAUAUCCUCUUUGUCAUUGGCACCUGUGCCCUCUUCUCAAGGGAGAUACUCCACCUGACAUGGUGGCCAUUAUUUAGAGACAUCUCAUUCUACAUUGUAGACUUACUGAUGCUCAUCCUGUUUUUCCUAGACAGUGUCAUCAAUUGGUGGGAAAGCCUCCUUUUACUGACUGCUUAUGCCACUUAUGUGUUCACUAUGAAACACAACGUGUCUCUAGAGCAAUGGGUGAAGCAGCAGCUGAACAUGAAGCUAAAUGCUGUGCAGGCAGAGUCAGCAGAGGAUAUAAGGAAGGAAAGCAGUGGGGCAGUUGCAGAUGAUGGAACAAAGAAGCCAGCAGAUGAGAGGAAUCUGCAGCCUGGGUCAGCCUUACAGCGAGGCAGCAGCUCAGCCUCCCUUCACAACACCCAGAUGCGCAGCACCAUCUUCCAACUCAUGAUCCACACCCUGGACCCCCUGGCAGAAGCAAAAUUUAAAGACAGGGUUGACAUGCUGAACAACAUAGCCAAGGCCCAAGUAGAGGCUGCAAGUGGACAAGGAUCAAAACCAGAAGCAGAGGAGGAAAAGAAGACAUCCAGCAGCCUUCAAGUAACUCCUGCCAGUGACUCUGAACCCAGCAAACAGAAGGCAGAUGCACCACAGGAUGGAGAGGCCUCUUCGGGCAGUGACAGCUCAGAAGACAGCAGCUCUGAAGAAGACAGUGAUAAUGACAGCACAGAUGAUGAUGAAAACGAAGAACCAUUAUCUCUUGAAUGGCCAGAAACUAGGAAAAAACAAGCAAUUUACCUCUUCCUUUUUCCCAUUGUCUUCCCUCUCUGGAGCACUAUACCUGAUGUCAGAAACCCAGAUUCAAAAAAAUUCUUUGUCAUCACAUUUUUUGGAGCCAUCAUCUGGAUUGCUGUGUUCUCUUACCUCAUGGUGUGGUGGGCUCACCAGGUUGGUGAAACAAUCGGGAUAUCAGAGGAAAUUAUGGGGUUAACCAUCCUGGCAGCAGGAACCUCCAUCCCUGACCUCAUCACCAGUGUCAUUGUUGCACGGAAAGGCUUAGGGGACAUGGCUGUGUCCAGCUCUGUGGGCAGCAACAUCUUCGAUAUCACUGUUGGUUUGCCGGUUCCUUGGUUCCUUUAUUCUGUCAUCAACGGCCUCAGCCCAGUUGCAGUCAGUAGCAAUGGUUUGUUUUGUGCAAUUGUUCUCCUUUUUCUCAUGCUCUUAUUUGUGAUUAUCUCCAUCGCUGCAUGUAAAUGGAAAAUGAACAAACUACUGGGGCUCACUAUGUUUGGUCUUUACUUUGUGUUUCUGAUCAUCAGUGUGAUGUUAGAAGACAAGAUAAUAUCAUGCCCAGUAUCUGUAUGACAUCUGGGCACUUCCAUCUGUAUGUAAACAUACAUGAAAAUCAAAAGGGGUUUAAGGUAGCAAUUGUUCUACUGAAAAAAGCAACCAUAAUUAUAACAAACUUACUGAGAAUAAAAUAUCUUUAACAUACUAAAAAAUUAAUUAAUCAAUCUCAA